CGGAAAUAGGAAGUUAACAAUGGCAGCCUCUUAAAAUAAUGUCCCAAGUCAUAUUUUGACAAAGGUUAUUUAUUUAUUUAUUUUUUGGCGUUAAACAUCUCCUCUGCUACAAUCGGCUACAUCCCGAGCUAAACAAAUCCUUCUAGUCGACGAAGGAGAAGAAGAAGAAGAAAAAGACAAAGAAGAAGAAGAAGACGAAGAAGAAGAAUACGGAAGAAGAAGACGAAGACGACGACUAAUACGUAGUCGUAGUCGUUGUCACUGACAACCCUGCACGCCUUUUGGCUUGACUUGCCGGCCAUGAGUGUCAUUCCGCGUAUCGCGCAGUUGUCUGCCCGUGUGGUUCGAGUUUUGGGUUGCAACCCGGGACCGAAGACGCUGCAGGGAACCAACACCUACCUGGUCGGAACCGGUGACAGACGAGUACUCAUCGACACGGGCGAAUCAGCCGUGCCCGAGUACAUCACCAGUCUGAAGGAGGCGCUGAGCAUGUUCAAUACCAGUAUUCAGGAGAUCCUGGUCACGCACUGGCAUCCUGACCACACGGGCGGCGUGGAGGACAUCUGCAGGGAAAUCACGGGUUCUGAGAUCCGUGUCAGCAAACUCCCCCGAUCCAGCAAGGUCCAGGAGGUCUCGGGAAGCCACAAGUACACGUACUUGAAAGACGGCGAUGUGGUCCACACGGAGGGAGCAACACUCAAGGUGGUUUUCACGCCGGGCCACACCGAUGACCACAUGUCGUUGCUGCUGGAGGAGGAGCAGGCUCUGUUUUCGGGCGACUGCAUCCUGGGCGAGGGUACAGUUGUUUUCGAGGACCUUCACGACUACAUGCGCUCGCUGAGGAUACUCAUGGACAUCCGCGCCGAUCUCAUCUACCCCGGUCACGGUCCCGUAGUUCAGGACGCCGGCGCCAAAAUCCAGCAAUACAUCAGCCACCGCAAUCAGAGGGAACAACAGAUCCUGGCCGUCAUUCGGGACGCAGCUGGAAAGUCCUUCUCCUCGAUGGAGCUUGUCAAGAUUGUCUACAAGGACACUCCUGAGCAUCUUCAUGAGGUGGCCAACAUCAACCUGGUGCACCACUUGAAGAAACUGCAGAAAGAAGGCAAAAUAAGUCAAGUGACUGCUGGAUCGUCACAAAACACCACAUGGAAGAGUAAUCUUUGAUGAGGAGGAUGGAACAUAAUCAAGUCAAGUUGACUCAACUCAUUUUUGUUUAUGGGCCACUUCAAGUGGGAAGUCAAGUCAAGAAUGUUCUUGACAAUCAUCUGUGUGCCCCCUCAAGUCUAAACACUGGUUUCUGAUUAAUGUUUCGUUUUUUUUGUGGGACAUGAAUUAAUCAGACAAAUCCAUCCAUUUUGAUUCAUCUCGGGGCGGCCAUUUUGCCUUGUGCAGUGUGCUAACAAGAGCUGCUGUUGAGAUUUCUAAUUUCUUUGCACUGAUGAAUGUAAUGUAUAGAUUAUUAUUAUUUUUUUUAUGUCUUGAGCAAUCGCAAUCACAAAAAGCAUCACAACAAUCAAACAAGUGGUUAUUCGUGAAUAGACAAAAAGGGAACGUCAAGCUAAAGGUGGGAACAGGAGUCAAAAGCAAAGAAAUGGAAAUGUUUUGUGAAAAUGGCAUCAAAAGACUUCAAAAGCAACGACAACAUUGUGAAAGUGAAUUAAGAAAUGAACAGGAAUUUCUUGAAAAAAAAACAAAGUGAAUGAGUUACACAGAUCCGUUUUUUUAACCACCUCUGUAAGAAUUUAUUAUAUAUUUUUGAUAACUUAAUUGUUCACGCUGGCUGUACCUGCACACCUCACAAUGAGUCACCGAGUGACUUUUCUCAGCCAAUCAAAAAAAUAAUAUUGGCAAUAAUUAAUCACAAAUGUGAAGCGCACUUGGGAUUGAAGCGUGAAAUUGAACCGACACAUUUGGAAAAGGCCACUACAGUCAAAAAACAUUAACGAAACCCCUAACAAUGGGAAUGACAACUACAAAAUGUGUAUUUUUUUUGAGAAUAAUAUUUAUUUGAGUACAAAUGCUCACUUGUAACCUUUUGAUUGAGUUGGAAAAACACUGUCAAUCGACCGCUGUAAAUCUGGCGCACCCCUUGGAUGUAAGCCAGGCCCCGUACAGUUUGGGAAUCACUGCUACCUACUGAACUGUCGGCCUUAAUUUUAUUAAAUCAUGAUAAUAUCCCCAAUUACUGUUUCAGUGCCUUCGAAAACAUUGGAAAUCUUGUCAUUCUUGUGUCAGCCAGUCGGUGGCAGCAGCUACUCGUUCUUUUUCGAAUGCUAGAUGCUGAUAAAUUAAAUAAAGAUUGAUUGAUA